AGGACAGAGAAGCAGCUGGAGUCCAUCGAUGAGCUGUACCUGGAGUACGCCAAGAGAGCAGCGCCCUUCAACAACUGGAUGGAGGGAGCAAUGGAGGACCUGCAGGACAUGUUCAUCGUGCACAACAUCGAGGAGAUCCAGGGUCUGAUCACAGCCCACGAGCAGUUCAAGUCCACCCUGGCAGAGGCCAACAAGGAGCGGGAGGCCAUCCAGGCCAUCCAGGCGGAGGUGCAGAAGAUCGCCCAGAGCAACGGCAUCAAGCUGAGCGCUGCCAACCCCUACACCACCAUCACCCCGCAGAGCAUCGACAGCAAGUGGGAGAAGGCAAUGGGCAUGGUGCCCCUUCGUGACACGGCCCUGCAGGAGGAGCUGAACAAGCAGAACAACAACGACAGUCUGAGAGCCAAGUUCGCCACGCAGGCCAACACGGUCGGCGCCUACAUACAGGCAAAGAUGGAGGAAAUUGGCCGGAUAUCCAUUGAGAUGAACGGCACUCUGGAGGACCAGCUGACCAACCUGAGGGAUUACCAGACGUCCAUCAUGUCCUACAUGCCAGAGAUCAACACCCUGGAGGGCUCCCACCAGCUCAUCCAGGAGGCCCUCAUCUUCGAUAACCAAUACACCUCCUACACAAUGGAGCACCUGCGUGUGGGCUGGGAGCAGCUGCUGACCACCAUCGCCAGGACCAUCAACGAGGUGGAGAACCAGAUCCUGACGCGUGACGCCAAGGGCAUCAGCCAGGAGCAGCUCUACGAGUACCGCGCCUCCUUCAACCACUUUGACAAGGAUCACAGCGGGGCUCUGAUGGCCGAAGAGUUCAAGGCCUGUCUGAUCAGUCUGGGCUACGAUGUGGAGAACAACAAGCAGGGAGACAGUGAGUUUGCUCGCAUCAUGAGCAUAGUGGAACCCCAACAACAGCGGAGCCGUCACUUCCAAGCCUUCAUCGACUUCAUGUCCAGGGGAAACGACUGACACGGGACACCGCAGACCAGGUCAUCGCCUCCUUCAAGAUCCUGGCCGCUGACAAGACCUUCAUCACGGCCCGAGGAGCUGCGGAGGGAGCUCCCCCCCCGACCAGGCGGAGUACUGCAAUCGCCCGCAUGGCGCCCUACACGGGGCCCGACGCCGCCCCCGGGGCCCUGGACUACAUGUCCUUCUCCACCGCCCUGUACGGAGAGAGCGACCUGUAGAGGAGGGCUGCACAGACCAGUGGGGGGAGGGAGGGGGGGUAGAGAGUUACUCUGUGCGUAGAGAAGAGGCCAGAAAGUGAGCAAUUGGAAGAAUUUGAUUGGUGGUUAUGAGGUGCCCCUGCGUGUGCCGUUUUAGAAAGGAUCAGGAGUGUUUGAGACUGAGCGUGUUGAUUGGACUGUAGUUAGGUGGGCCGGGGUCGAAUGUUUUCCAAACGCAUCCAGAGUAAUCCAUUUGUUGUAAAAGGUAUUUGAUGAACGGGCAUAUCCAGGGGCAGCUGUGGGACAGGGGGACAGUUGCUCUGUAGUGCGGGUCCUUAGCUUCACCCUCUCUGCCUUUGUGGAGCUAAACUGGGGAGGGCUGGGCGAGGGGGGGCACAAGCUACUUGAUACUUAUGCUAUUUUUUUGUUUAUUUUAUUAUAAUUUCUUUCUUCUGUCAGCUGGGGGGGGGGGGGCAGGGUUGGCGUGGGGUUUGAAUGUGGCGACUGGCGAGGUUUGUGUAUUAGAUCCUAGAGAUAUAUGCUGCGGGGGUCAGAAGGAUGGGAGGGGGGGUGGUUGACCAACCAGAGAUAAAAUGACAUAUUUACCCAUAAUUCCCACGUGGCUGGAUAAGGGUCACCUGUCUAACCUCAGCUCUUUUCCUCCUCCUGUCUUUGUUCAUUUCUCACUUUUGUUUAUUUCCUGGAGCAGGUGGGUGGUAGGGUGGGUUUUGGGUGGGGCUGGUGAUUGGUGCAGAUGGGGGGGGGGGGGGGCGGGGCACAGCGCUGUAUAUACUUUUUUUCCCAGUGCGAAUCAUGUCAUACACAGUUUGAGUUGUUGAGAAUAAUUGAUGGCAGGCUUCCAGUAGAGGGACAUAUAUUAAAAAAUAAAAAUAAAAAGGCUGAUAUUUCAAAGCCAAUGAGAGCGACACAGAGCAGUUUCACCAGUGGAUAGGUUUGAGCUUCCAGAAGUCUUUUUUUCUUCAGCUUUCUUUUUCUCUCUGCAAUGGAAAUAAUCGUGGAAAUAGUUGGUAGCCAUGAAGUGGAGCCUUAUGUACCUAAGGCCUUCUCCUGUAUAAAUCCCAUGACAAGCAUCACCAUAAUUAUCAACAAAUAUUUGCUUCUGUGAAACUAUUCUCCUCCUGGGGUGGGCUAUAGGUGCUUAUUUAAAUUAAAAAAAAUAUACAUUUAUAUGAUAGGUAAGAUUGUAUUGGUCAAAGUUAGUCCAGUUUUAUAUACAAGAAAUAAUGCAGAAUUAUAUACCACGUCAUUUCAUUGAGACAUUGACUUCCUAGAUUUUUAAGAGCUACCAUAGUAACGCGCUGUGGAGCUCCCCCCUUAGACUUUUGGAAAAAUGGUGGAAGAAAAUCAAAUAAAUGUGCCUAAUGGUGGCUAGAGCCCUGUCCCUCGCUCUUACUCUCUCCUAAAGUCAGUCUCCCCCACUUCUUCCUGUUCUCUCCCCCAUCCCUACACCCCUCAUCUGUCCCUGAAGAAAAGGGAAAGAAAAUAUACCGCAAAGAAGGGGGAGGGAAAAGAUCGGCGAGGGGUCUUUAUGUAAACAUUCCAUUAUGUGCAACUAAAAAAUACUAGAAAAGGAAAUUAUGUAAAAAAGAAAACUAUGCAAUCAUAAUGUGUUUCAAUAUCUGAGCUCUGGGUGUUGUGUGGGCAUCAAUCAGGCCCUUUCUGGGAAAGCUCGGUCUAAAUUCCAGGAUUAACUGAGUCCUCUAGGGUUGUUGGCUGUUACGGGGAGAGGAGGGGGAGACUCAGGGAGGGACAGACUGGGAAGGAACUGAGAAGAAAAGACUUGGACCAAAAGCUUGUUUCUCUUCUUUCUUUCGCUUUUUUUCCCUGUGAGGUUGGAGAGAAAUGAACUCUGGAAUUGUGAUUUUCCUUUUUUUGUACUCUUUAAUAUCAAACCUAUCUGCUGUACUGGAAACUGCAACGCCUUCUGUCUGUAAUGAUAAGUGAGUUUCACAAAGCACAUAAAAGUUUCCUUACAAAAUA